UAUUCCUUAAAAUCUAGGGUUUCUCUCUGUAGCUAAAACCAAUUCCUGACAGAUUGCGACUGGAGGAUCAACUAUCAGUUUUCCAUUGGACUUCAAUUGAUUCCCUUUAUAUUGGGUGUGAAGUUUUGUUCUUAAAGUUCGUUUCUUGAUUUUGGAAUUUCGAUGGACGGGAAAUAUGAGCAUAUAGUGCCGGCAGGAGAAGAUGGGGUUGUUGAGUACGAGAGUGAUCCGGAGGAAGUCUCGAUGUCGCUUGCAAUGAGAAGGAGAGAGGCUAGCGACGAUGAGGAAGGAGGAAUUGAGGAUACAGAGAAGAGCGAAAAGAGUUUGAUGAGAAUGGGUUCUCGAGGUGGGACGAGGGAAUGGGACGAUGAAGGCGCGGUGGAACAAUAUGAUUAUGAGGAAUCUGAGAUUGAGGAGUAUGAAGAGGUGAAUGGAGUUGAGGAGAUUGCUGAGGAGGAUGAAUAUGUUGAGAGAGGAAUCAAUGAUGUUAAGGGAGGAGUUCAGCAGGUGGAGGUGGAAGGAGAGAGAGUGGUAGAUAAGGAAGGAGAUGGGGAAGGUGUGGAUCAAUUGGAAGAUGAGAAGAAAGUGUCUGAACCUUUUGCUAUUCCAACUAGUGGUGCAUUUUACAUGCAUGAUGAUAGGUUUCGUGACAAUGCUGGUGGUAAACAUAGGCGGAUGCUUGGAGGAAAGAAAUUGUGGGAGUCAAAAGAGGAUGGAAAAUGGGGACAUGAUAAAUUUGAAGAGAUGACUCUGCAUGAAAGGCAUUAUGAUAAUUCCAAGGAGAGGAGGAAUAAUGGGGGACAAAAUGGGGCUGGAAGAAAAUAUCAAGGUGAGAAUCGUGGAUAUCCUAGAGGAAACAAGGCUAAGUUUAACAAUGAUAAUCAAAUCAAUGGACCAAAAACUGUGCGGGGUAGAGGUCCAAGAAGAUAUGGGAAUGCUGUGAAGACUCACAUCGAAGUACCUUCAACACAAAACUUUGUCACUAUUGGUUUAUGUGAGUUAAUGUCUUUUUGUUUUGUAUAUACAUCUAGGAGAUCAGUUGAGAAAGCUUCAAAUACUUCCUCGGGGGCUCUACCAAAUGUAGAAACAGAUUCGAUUCCUCAUAGGAAGCAAAAUUUUGCGUCAAGCCUGAAUUCCGCAUCACCUCCAUUUUAUCCAUCUAGUUCUUCAAACAAGGAGAUCCCUUUAGCACAAAAAAGAGAUCUGCAUACUGGACCAUCUAAUAGGAACCUACGACCUGUUAGCAUGGAAAAGCCUUACAUCCACGAGUCAGUUUCUUCAGCUUCUGGGAAGCCAUCAACUAGUUCUCCAUCUGUAUCAUAUGGUUCCCAGGUCCACGGAAGGGGGGUGGCAUCACAAAGACACGUGGAUUCUUCUACAAGAAUAUCUCAUAACCAAAUGAUUAGACCUCCUUUGACACAAGCCCAUGGCAUGCAUCAAAGUGCAGUUCAUGACAAAGUUCAAACUUCAUUGGCUGUUUCUGCCCAUGAUUUAGGUCGAAGUUCUAGUGUGGGGUCACAAAACUCAUCUUCACCUGGGACCUCUUUGCCAGUGGAAUCUUUUAAAUCUUUUGAACAAGGUCUUCCUCCAGAAUUGAUCAUAUCCAAAGUUCCUUUGGUUGCAAAAGGAAUAGGCAAUGUCCAAGCUAGUGGAAAUGGUUCAUUUCUCUAUGGUGGUGCCCAUGUAAUUGGGACAUCUGGGAAUAUGACUAGUCAUGGUGAUCAGAACUUUGCUGCUACUCCAGCUUUCUUACCAGUUAUGCCAUUUGGCGGUCAGCAUCCUGGUAGGAUGGGAGUUCCAGCUGUAGGCAUGGCUUUCCCUGGUUAUGUUGCUCAGCAACAACUUGGAAUGGGAACCUCUGAGAUGACAUGGCUACCUGUUCUAGCCGGUGCUGCUGGAUCUUUAGGAGCAACUUAUUGUUCUCCCUAUAUUUCUGUGGAUGGUUCUUAUCAUGUCCGUCAAUCUGGGCAGUCAUCAUCCUCAUCGGCUCCCAGCAUAGAAAACGGUGUGGAUAAGUCAAGUGUUGAACGGAAGCCUUCACAAAGACAAGGUCAGGCUUAAUUCUUGUCUUUGGAUAUUGGUUUCUUCCAUUUCACUAUUUAAGCUGAAAAUUUCACAUUUGGAUGCAGAGAUUACAAGUGAUGAAAUAGGUCAACGACAAAAGAAUACUCGCAGGUAAGUUAGAAAUCAAGAAACUUUUAUC